UGAAAUAAUUGAAUAGGUAUAAGCAAUAUGAUAGUAGCUCCAUAGGCGGCUAGGUUGGCAUACGGGGUAAGGGAUAUGAUAAGUGUCUAGGGGGUAGGGGGCUGUUUUUGGACGAAGCCAUACAAUCUAUCAAGCUAGCAGUGAUGUGUAUGUGUUCAGGUUAUUUCCUUAUUUUCUCUGCCAGAUAUUUUUGCAUUAGUUAGAUAUAACAGUCAAAACGACAGUUACAGGUAUGUGGGGGUGCUUUUUCAUUAGUAUUUUUCAGGUACAUGGCACGUUGUUGGUGUGUGUGUGCGUGUGUGUGCACGUGUGUGUGCACGUGUGUGUGCACGUGUGUGUGUGUGCAUGCAUACUUACAUACAUGCAUACAUAUGUAGGUUCUUAAUUUGAUCACACUUUUGUAGAUGAGAAUUUUCCUGCACAGCAGAAAAUGCAAGCUGGGGUUUUAAAAAUGCUUCUAAAGUUUGUAAUUUUCACUUUAAAAUGUCAGACUUGAUUUGCCCUAGCGUAAAAUGUAUCAACCCCCACAAAAAAUAUCGAUGAAUGAUAAUCCACAUAAUAAUUCACAUUUCCUGUUGCUGGAGGAUUCUUUUCCUGCUGUAGCACACUGCCUCAAAUUAAGAUCCUACAUAUGUAUGUGUGUGUGUGUUUAGUAUAACAGUGCUUUGUGUGUUCCAGAUUGAAGAUUUUCUCUGAGGAGAGUGUGCCACUGUUCGGACCGCCCCUCCCCUCACCACCAGUGUUUACAGACCACCAAGAAUUCAGGGACUUUUUGUUAGUCAAGCGUAAGACCAGUGACUUACUCUCACACACUGUUUAGUUUACAGACUGUUUAGUUUACAGACUGUUUAGUUUACAGACUGUUUAGUUUACAGACUGUUACUGCUCUACUGUAUGCAAUGAGCUAAUGCACUGCAGUGAUGAAUCGGUCAAACUUACAAAACCUUCAUGAGCAAAUGUCACAUUUAAAGACCCUUUCCUCGUGCUUUGCCACAUGUGUCAUAAUCAUAGUAGGAGAUAUGAAUUAUUAGUAAAACAUCUACAGUAUGUAGACAUUACAAAGGCUUUAUGGAGGCAUUCAGUAAGCCUUUACAAGAUGUUGAUAGUUUAAAUGUGACCAAAGAAUGUUUGAAUUGGAAUAGAGUUUUUGAAGCUGUGCAUUGUUCUAGGUUUGUCUUUUUAUGGUGAUCACAUAAGAAAUGUGUACGUGCAUGUGGGUAUGUUCUACUAAAUAACCCCUCUCUCUGUCCUGCAGUAAUCAAUGGAGAGAAGGCCACCCUGGAGACGCCCACGUUUGCCCAGAAGCGCCAGCGGACUCUGGACAUGCUGAUCCGUUCCCUCUACCAGGACCUCAUCCCUGACCUCCACAAGGUACAGCUUUGCCACACCCUAACUAACCCAGCCUAGUCUAGUCCUUUGGGCCUUCUUCCCUACCCUUUUCACACUACUGAGCCAAACCGAGCUGAGCUAAACUGAGUUGUCCUCCACUGGCUUGGUUAUGCAUCCAGCCACUAUAGUUGUAGGAACAGUGGUGACAGUGAGGAAAAUAAAAUAUCUGUGCCAGUGUGGUUCAGGUUGACACGAUGGUGUGAAAAGGGUAUGGGGCUCUCCUCUCUUUUCCUCUGGUUCUGCUCCUGCUUCAAAAAACAAGGUAUUUUCCAUAGUCCUCCAACUUCCAUAGUCCUCCACGAGUUUGCUCCUUAAUUCAUGCACCUUGAUUGGAAUAUGAGGUAGUGACAGUACUCUAUACCUUAUCCUUUGCACCAGCUUCUAACCACUGAUCUGAUCCAGGCUCUCUGGUCACUUUUUGUGUCACAGCCAGUUGAGCUACCUACUGUUCUGAACCACUGCAGCCCUGUCUAUCUCUCUCGGCUCUAACCACUGCAGACCGCAUAACACUGGGACUAUUGGAUACUGCUGCAAUGCUCACUUUCUGUGGCUGGACUCUCCCCCCCCUCUCUCUCUCUGUACCCCAUCUCUCUUUUGUUAUCCCUCUUUCUUUGUUUUUCUCAGUUUUUCUCUCUCUCUCCCUCUCUCUCUCAGACACACACUCUCUCUUUCUGUCUUUUACUUUCUCCCCCUCUUUUCCCCCCUUCCCUCUCUCAUCUUCCCACUCCUCUCUAUUGUUUCUCAUAUGACUCUGUUCUAUGCUAUAUGCUAUGCUGUUAUGCUGCUAUAUGCUAUGCUGCUGUAUUUCCCACUAUCUCUGAAGCCCGCUUCUCUGUCUCUCUUUCUGUGUGUGUCUCUGUGUGUGUGUGCAUGUGUGUGUGUGUGUGCAUGCGUGUGUGUGUAUGUGCCCGUCUGUGUUCGCGCGUGUGUGUGCGCAUGUGUGUGCACUUGUGUCCCAUGUGCAGGUUCCCUUCUCUCCCCAGAACAUGCUCAACAGACGCUCGUUCAGUGACGUGCUGCCAGAGUCGCCCAAGUCCGCCCGCAAGAAGGAGGAGGCACGACAGGCCGAGUUCGUCAGGAUAGGACAGGUGACAGACACAGGGACAAACAACAUACACAGGGUCAACACAGAGAUACAGAGGAGCACAGUCACACUCUUUAUCUCACGCACGCACCACACUCUCUCACGCUCUCUCUCUGUUGUUCAGGCACUAAAGCUGAAGACCAUCGUCAGAGGAGAUGCCCCCACUAGUCUGGUCACUACAGGCCUGUGUAGAAAAGAGGUGAGAAGACCAACACACACACAGACACACACACACACACACUCAGCCCCAUACGCUAGAGGUUGACGCGGGAGUGAAGAUUCAUUCCUUUCCGGUCUUGUCCUGUCAAUUAUUUUCCUGUACUGUACUGAACUUUCCUGUCCCUUCCUGAUAAAAAUCACUCCCGUCCCGUGCUCAUUUUUGCACACAGAAAUAUGUAGGCUAUUGUGUUUGUUUAGGAAGUAUUGAAAAUUAUUUCAGUAAUGUAAUAUGCGACUGUGAUAAUAUUAUUUAUUUUUGUUAAAUUAACUGAUUGUAGGCCUAAGUCGCUCUGGAUAAGAACGUAUUUUAAAUUAGCUAAAUGUAGAUGGAUUAAGCUGGAGGAUGAGGACAGAGACCCCAGCAGGAUGGUCUGCUCAGCACCGGCAUAAUUCUGUAGCCUAGAGCUGGUCACAUAUGAACACUUACAACACAUUAACAUUUACAACACGAACAUAACAUUUUUUAUUACGGCAGUAGGCUACUGCAUAAAUCAAUCUAUUUUUAUUUCACUCUUCGCCUCAGGUUUAGUUAAAAACGCGAACAAUUGGGCUUGACGGUAAAGUUGUUGGGAGUAGAGCAGCUAUGCCGCUUCAGGCCGCUUGUCCCGCUCUCCAGAUGGUAGCCUAUUUGAUUAAACCACACUAUUUUUUACCAGCUGUGUACUCGGUUCCUUCAUUGUCAAAGACAACUCCGUAAAAUAUUGCUAAAACACCGCUCUUUCCUUGGCUCUAAUGUUAAUGUUAGUGAUGGGUCCUUGGCUGCAACAAGACGUUGCAAUUCCUCUAUUGGAGGCUUCAUCAUUUAGCCUACUGACGUAGAUUGGCAUCUGAGGUAGCCUAUAGUGAUCUGAGGUAGCCUAUAGUGACUGGCUACAACUGGAGCGAGGCGCAAGAGUGAGACGGAAGGGGGAGGGGGGAAAUUACCCUUUUUAUAUUGAUUUUUAUUAAGUAAACUACACUAUAUAUACAAAAGUAUGUGGACACCCCUUCAGAUUUGUGGAUUUGGCUAUUUCAGCCACACCCGUUGCUGACAGGUGUAUAAAAUCGAGCACACAGCCAUGCAAUCUCCAUAGAGAAACAUUGGCAGUAGAAUGGCCUUACUGAAGAGCUCAGUGACUUUCAACGUGGCACCGUCAUAGGAUGCCACCUUUCCAAGAAGUCAGUUCGUCAAAUUUCCGCCCUGCUAGAGCUGCCCCGGUCAACUGUAAGUGCUGUUAUUGUGAAGUGGAAACAUCUAGGAGCAACAACGACUCAGCCGCGAAUUGGUAGGCCACACAAGCUCACAGAACGGGACCGCCAAAUGCUGAAGCGCGAAAUGCGUAAAAACCGUCUGUCCUCGGUUGCAACACUCACUAUCGAGUUCCAAACUGCCUCUGGAAGCAACGUCAGCCGAGCACCAUGGGCAAUGCCAAGCAUCGGCUGCAGUGGUGUAAAGCCAGCCGCCAUUGGACUCUGGAGCAGUGGAAACGCGUUUUCUGGAGUGAUAAAUCACGCUUCACCAUCUGGUAGUCCGACGGACAAAUCUGGGUUUGGCGGAUGCAGGAGAACGCUACCUGCCCCAAUGCAUAGUGCCAACUGUAAAGUUUGGUGGAGGAGGAAUAAUGGUCUGGGCUGUUUGGGUCGGGCUCAGUCCCUUAGUUCCAGUGAAGGGAAAUCUUAACGCUACAGCAUAUAAUGACAUUCUGGAUGGUUCUGUGCUUCCAACUUUGUGGCAACAGUUUGGGCAAGGCCCUUCCUAUUUCUGCAUGAGAAGGCCCCUGUGAACAAAGCGAGGUCCAUACAGAAAUGGUUUGUCGAGAUUGGUGUGGAAGAACUUGACUGGCCUGCACAGAGCCCUGACCUCAACCCCAUCGAAUACUUUUGGGAUGAAUUGGAACGGUGACUGCGAGCCAGGCCUAAUAGCCCAACAUCAAUGCCCGACCUCACUAAUGCUCUUGUGGCUGAAUGGAAGCAAGUCCCCACAGCAAUAUUCCAACAUCUAGUGGAAUGCCUUCCCAGAAGAGUGGAGGCUGUUAUAGCAGCAAAGGGGGGACCAACUCCAUAUUAAUGCCCAUGAUUUUGGAAUGAGAUUUUCAAAGAACAAGUGUCCACAUACUUUUGUAUAUUAAGCCUAGCCUACACAGUUGUUGAUUUUUAUGAAAUGCUCCACACAUGACAUACUUCCGCCCCAAAAAAUCUGUUUUUAACUAUUCCUGUACUGCCCGUUCCUGUGGACUGUUGAUCCUGUCCCGUCCUGUCCCGAACUUGACUCUAGAACUUGACUCCCAUUCCUACUAGAAUCCCGCGGGACCCGCAAGACCCGCGUGAGUCCUGUUCCCGUGUCAACCUCUACCAUGCACUACUUUUUCUCACUGAGGCAUAAUGGAUCACCAUGCCAUAAUGACAUAUUUACUAAUUAUGAUAUAUUCUGUUUUAGCAUGCAUUGUAACAUAAUGUAGACACCAGUGGCUAUACUGGUAAAUACGUGUUGGUUUUCCUGUGAUGUCCUUUUUAAAUGUGUGUGUGUGUGUGUGUGUGUGUGUGUGUGUGUGUGUGUGUGUGUGUGUGUGUGUGUGUGUGUGUGUGUGUGUGUGUGUGUGUGUGUGCGUGCGAGUGCGUGUGCGUGUGUUGCAGCCUUGGGAGUCCCAGUCAUUCUGCAGUACGUUUCCCUAUGAGACAGUGUGUGCUGACUCCUGGGGUCAGUCUCUGUUGGUCGCCACGGAAGCAGCAGGGGUCAUGAUGAUAGAUGGUGAGGUCAUCACACUGAGCUUGUAGAAUGAAAUGCGCUUUAUAAUUACAGUGGACUCUUUUUUUAUUAUAACUGUCAUAUGCAUUAUUCAAUUAUCACUUGAAUAUCACCAAUAAUAUCAAUGAUUCAAUCAGCAUUGAUGUAGUCAUAAAAUUCAACUCUUAACAUUAUACUUUCCCUAUAUUUCAGCUGUUGAUCCACUUCUUUCAAACCCAG